CUCGGGGUUCUGUUGCGGCAGCGAUAGCUAUCUCACCAACUUGUCGCGGCAGUGUUUCGACGUAUGCAAGCGCGUCUGAUAACUCUACUAAGUAAACGGUUGUUCACAUUCGCUACUACUAGCCCCACUUGUCAAAGGACUUGCGCCGACUCACGAUGACCUCGCGGCGCGCAUUACUGAGCGCCAGAUCGCUCUACCGGUUUUCGCAUUGCCCUUACCGACCCUUACAUGUGUCUUCCCGAUGUUCAGAAGCCCGAUCCCUCAACAGCUCCUCCCCGAACAGCCAGCGGAGACCCGGCAUACACCCAGACGAGCUGGAGGAACUCUUCGCGAAGCCCACGUGGUCCGUCGAAUCGCUACUACCACCCAAGGAACGAGCAAUAGAUGCACCUAAAAUCUCCUCGAAGCAACUGCAUCAUCUUCUCCGACUGUCAGCUCUCCCGCUGCCCGAAACACACGAACAAGAGCAGAAGAUGCUAGAUACACUCGCAGCCCAGCUGCACUUCGUAGGGGAGAUACAGCGGGUUGAUACUACAGGUAUUGAGCCACUGCGAGCGAUUCGCGACGAGACGAAGGCAGCAGAGCAGGAGCAGACGAUCGGAUUGGACACACUAAAAGACGCACUGGCGAAAGAGAAGACGAUUGGCAAGUGGCACCGGCGCAUACAAAGGGACACUACGCCAGUGAAUGCCAAAGAAGCAGAAGACUGGGAUGUCAUGGGAUCAGCGGAGAGGAAGGUUGGCAAAUACUUCGUCGUUGAGAGCGAACGGCCAUUAGAAUGAGGGAUACGCCCUUGCAUUCAAUUGGUAGUCCCGAAUGUGCCCUAGGCCGCGAUGGACGCUUUGGCGAUGGUACGGUGCUGAAGACUAUAUAAGAUGAAGAA